GAAAGCACGAUUCCGGCAGUGGAAACAAAGGAUGCAUCGGAGGAAGAAGGUGAUGUGAAGACCGAGACUUCAAGUACAGACACGGAAAGCACGAUUCCGGCAGUGGAAACAAAGGAUGCAUCGGAGGAAGAAGGUGAUGUGAAGGCCGAGACUCCAAGUACAGACACGGAAAGCACGAUUCCGGCAGUGGAAGCAAAGGAUGCAUCGGAGGAAGAAGGUGAUGUGAAGGCCGAGACUCCAAGUACAGACACGGAAAGCACAAUUCCGGCGGUGGAAGCAAAGGAUGCAUCGGAGGGAGAAGGUGAUUUGAAGGCCGAGACUCCAAGUACGGACACGGUAAGUACGAUUCCAGCGGUGAAAGCAAAGGAUGCAUCGGAGGGAGAAGGUGAUGUGAAGAUCGAGACUCCAAGUACAGACACGGGAAGUUCGGUUCCGGCGGCGAAGGCUGAGGCUUUUGGUUCAGACAUUGUACCUACGAUUUCGGUGGUGGAGGAGAAGGAAAAAUUAGUGGAAGCCUCUGAUGUAAUGCUCAAGGAUUCAUGUUUUGAGAUGAAGCCUACGAUUCCGGAGGUUGAGGAUGUGGACAUAGCAAAAGAAGGAUUAAAUACAAAGGUCGUGGAGUCAUACUUAGGCCUUGGAAUCAUUGAGCCAAGUGUAGGUGAAAGUGCCGGACAUGACAUUCCGGAUAUAGUGGACGAAGGUCUGGAUCCGCCCAAGGAAAGUUCAAAUUUAGCUACUCAAGGUUUAGACACCGUGGACCAAGGUUCAGCAGAGGAGCAAGAUGAUGUAAUUGUGGAUGUCAAUCGUUCGAAGUGA